AUGGUCCAACCAUCACAUGCACAGUCGUCUGGCACGGCUUCCGCACCAAUGAUGGUAGACCACGAUCGCGGGUACGACGACAAACAGGAAGGGGUUGAAGUCAGUGGGCGCGAGAUCAACCCUGCCUCCGACUCGAUCACGUCGAGAUAUCAAGAACGGCCUGAUCCGGUCGAGGACUUGAAGGAGCGCCUCUCGCAAUGGGGUGAGUCUAGUGUCUAUGCCGGCUACUCUGAUGAUGAAGAGCAAGGGUCCGAACAUGAACUUCUCUUAGAUCCCAAUCUGCCCGAAGAAUACGACUCGAGAGUCCAGAAGGCGGCGACCACGCCUACUGAAGAGGUUGACGAUGAGUUGGCUAUGAAGGCCGAGGAGGAGGAGGACUCACCGUAUCCCGAAGUUCGCGCCGCCGUCCGCAACUACGACGAAGACGUACCAUGCAAUACGAUCCGAGCAUGGACUAUCGGUUUGCUGCUGGUGACCGUCGGUGCCUCGAUGAACACGCUGUUCUCAUUACGCCAGCCGUCCAUUGGUCUUGGACCUCUGAUUGCCCAGAUUAUCGCUUGGCCCAUGGGACAUGGCUGGGCUAAGGUCAUGCCCACGAAGCAGUUCAAGACGUUUGGUAUCAAGUGGAGUUUGAACCCGGGACCAUUCAAUGUCAAGGAGCACUCUAUCAUCGUCGUCAUGGCGGGUGUCUCCUUCUCUGUUGCGUAUGCCACGGAUAUUAUUUUGGCUCAGCUUGUGUUCUACAAGCAGGAUUUCGGCAUCCUCUUCCAGCUGCUACUGACGAUUUCGACACAAUCACUCGGCUACGGAAUAGCCGGCAUUAUGAGAAAGUUCCUCGUCUAUCCGGCCGCCAUGAUCUGGCCCGGAAACUUGGUCUCCGUCACUCUGAUGAACGCCAUGUACGAGAAGAAUGACCGCCCCGACCCGAGCUUCAUCGGUGGCUCCAUGCCGCGAUACAAGUGGUUCUCGAUCAUCGUUUUGGCUUCGUUCUGCUACUACUGGAUCCCGGGUUUCCUCGCGCAAUUCCUCAGCAUCAUGGCCUUCGCCACUUGGAUUGCGCCGAACAACGUCAUCGUCAACCAACUGUUUGGCGGCACAAGUGGCCUGUCGCUGCUGCCACUGACCCUCGACUGGACUCAGAUCUCCGGUUUCGUCGGCUCCCCUCUUAUCCCCCCAUGGCACGCCAUUGCCAACACCCUGAUCGGUGUUGUCACCUUCUUCCUCAUCGGCGCCUCAGCCUUCCACUACAGCGGUGUGUGGUACGCCCAAUACCUGCCCAUGAGUGACUCGGGCACCUAUGACAACACCGGCAGCCCGUACAACACUAGCCGUAUUUUGACCCCCCAGUUGACGCUGAACGAGGAGGCGUACAAGGCCUACUCGCCGCUGUUCAUCAGCACGACUUUUGCCAUUUCUUACGGCCUGUCAUUUGCCGCCAUCGCCUCCCUGAUCGUUUACACUUACCUGCACAACGGAAAGCAGAUUUGGGCUCAGUACCGCGGCAGCACCAAGGAGAAGCCCGAUAUCCACAUGAAGCUCAUGAAGAAGUACAAGGAGGCGCCUACGUGGUGGUACAUGGGUCUCUUCGUAAUUAUGCUUGGCGUCGGCUUCGUUGCUGUCCUCGCGUAUCCGACCAACCUGAGCUGGUGGGCUUUCCUCCUGGCUGUUGUCAUCUCCUUCAGCUUCUCCCUGCCCAUCGGUAUCAUUCAGGCCAUCACGAACAACCAGAUUGGUCUGAACGUGCUCACGGAGUUCAUCUACGGUUACAUCCAGCCCGGACGACCUCUCGCCCUCAUGAUUUUCAAGACCUUCGGCUACAUCACCAUGUCUCAGGCCCUCAGCUUUGUCUCAGACCUCAAGUUCGGUCACUACAUGAAGAUCCCGCCCCGCACAAUGUUCAUGUGCCAGGUCGUCGCCACGACCUUCUCCUGCUUCAUCCAGAUCGCCGUCCUCAACGCCGCACUGAAGAACAUCCCCGACGUCUGCACCCCGCACCAGGAGAACAAGUUCUCCUGCCCCGGCGGCCGCGUCUUCUUCGCCGCCUCCGUCAUCUGGGGUCUCAUCGGCCCUGCGCGCAUGUUCUCCCCGGGCCAGGUGUACUCGGGCCUCUUCAUCUUCUUCGGCGUCGGCGCCAUCACCCCCGUUAUCUUCUACUUCGCCGCCCUCAAGUGGCCCAAGAGCCCCAUCAAGUACCUCAUGGCCCCCGUCAUCUUCGGCGGCGCCGGCGCCAUCCCGCCCGCCACCCCGCUCAACUACCUCAGCUGGGGCAUCGUCGGCUACAUCUUCCAGCACUACAUCCGCAAGAAGCACUUUGGCUGGUGGUCGCGCCUCAACUACCUCACCUCGUCCGGCCUGGACCUGGGACUCGCCCUGGCGACGCUGGUCAUCUUCCUGGCCUUCACGCUCAACAAGAUCGAGCCGCCCAAGUGGUGGGGCAACGACAUUGUCACAUCAACAAUGGAUGCGCAGGGCACUGCGAUCCAGAUGACGCCGCCUCCGGGUCAGAAGUUUGGACCGACGCACUGGUAG